AUGAGCCGUUUCUUUCAGUCGUCUAUCCCUCAUCCAACUUCCAAUUUAUUUCAGUAUUUCAUUCGACAAUAUCAAACAAUGUCAGAACAAUCGCAAUACCUACAAUCCCCUACAAUUGACCAGGCUAAACUAGUGCAAGUCAACAAACCGGUGUUCCUACAGCGAAAAGUCACCACAUCCCAAAAGGUGCUCCAAAUCGCGAAGGAUCUACAACUACUCGGGCAUCAAGAAGGGGGAUUCUUCAAAGAAACAGACAGAUCUCCAUUAUAUAUGGAAAACCCAUAUUCGGAAAAAAAUACCAACUCAUACAGACAAGCAACCACUACCUCCAAAGACAAAACCAUCAGCAGGAACUACUCCACAUUGAUUUACUACCUGAUCACUUCAGAGUCUGCGAUCGGGAGACUUCAUCGUAAUCAUUCGAGGAUAAUACACAUACUACAAAAGGGAAGGGGCCAGUAUGUGUUGGUUUACCCAGAUGGGACCAUCAAGUCGUUUAUCGUUGGAUUUGACUUUGCUAACGGAGAGGUCGCGCAAUGGGUUGUUCCCGGUGGCGUAUAUAAGGCCAGUUUCCUGCUCCCGUUAGAAGAAGAGCCAAGCGGUGAUGACUGUUUGCUUAUCAGUGAGGUUGUAGUUCCUGGUUUCGAGUGGGACGAUCAUAGAUUUAUGGAAUCCAAGGAUGAGCUGAGCGAACUUGUGGGUGAAGAGAAGGCUGAAGAGCUCGGGUGGCUGUUGGGAUAA